AUGUCAACUGUGAAGUUUGAGCUGGAUUAUCUUUCUCCUGAAGGCUUCAGACAUGAGCAUGCUUCCAACCCAGAAUUUACUUUAACCUGUUUGACUGAACUCUCUGAUGAUUCUAGUCAAUUGGAACUUCAGCACUCCAAUUCUGUCCCCACUGGCUUGCAAAAGUUGUGCUCAUCUCACUGUGGGCUGGAGAAGAGUGUGUGGGCUGCCAAAGGCAAACAUAAUAAAGGUAUGAAUAUCAGCAAGAGUGAGAUAACAAAGGAAACUUCAUUGAAACCAUCCCGGAGAUCCCUGCCUUGCCUUGCCCAGAGCUAUGCCUACUCAAAGAGCUUGAGCCAAUCUACCUCACUCUUUCAGUCCACCGAGAGUGAGUCUCGGGCUCCCACUUCUGUAACCUUAAUCUCCGCAGACAAAACAGAGCCAGUUAACGCUGAGGAGGAUAAAAAAGACUCUGUGCUCAAAUGUUCUUUUGCUGACCUCAGUGACUUUUGCUUGGCCCUAGGGAAAGAUAAGGAUUACAUGGAUGACUCAGAACAUGCUAAUUAUGACCGAUCUCGGCUAAUCAAAGACUCUGUUUCCAAAGAUAAUUCUGAAUCCAAGGCAAAAUUGUCUAAGAAUGACAUGAAUUACAUAGCAUCCAGUGGACUUCUAUUCAAAGAUGGCAAAAAACGGAUUGAUUACAUCCUGGUUUACAGGAAGUCAAAUAUACAAUAUGACAGAAGAAACACAUUUGAAAAGAACCUCAGAGCAGAAGGCCUGAUGUUGGAAAAGGAGCCAGCUGUCGCAAACCCUGAUAUCAUGUUUAUUAAAAUUCAUAUUCCAUGGGACACACUGUGCAAGUAUGCGGAAAGGCUAAAUAUCAGGAUGCCCUUCAGGAAAAAAUGCUAUUACACUGACCGGAGGAACAAAUCAAUGGGCAGUGUACAAAAUUAUUUUAGGAGAAUAAAAAAAUGGAUGUCCCAAAACCCAAUGGUUCUUGACAAGUCAGCUUUUCCAAACCUGCAGGAGUCAGACUGCUAUACUGGCCCCUUCAGCCGUGCACGGAUUCACCACUUCAUAAUAAACAACAAGGACACAUUCUUCAGCAAUGCUACUCGAAGCAGGAUAGUCUAUCACAUGCUACAGCACACGAAAUAUGAAAAUGGAAUAUCAAAAGUGGGUAUCUGUAAACUUAUAAACAAUGGCUCAUACAUAGCAGCUUUUCCCCCUCAUGAGGGAGCCUACAAAAGUAGCCAGCCCAUCAAAACGCAUGGACCUCAGAAUAACAGACAUCUAUUAUAUGAGCGCUGGGCACGCUGGGGAAUGUGGUAUAAGCAUCAGCCCCUGGAUUUAAUCAGACUCUACUUCGGUGAGAAGAUUGGGCUAUACUUUGCUUGGCUGGGAUGGUAUACCGGAAUGCUGAUUCCUGCAGCACUGGUUGGCUUGUGUGUGUUUUUCUAUGGGAUAUUUACAAUGAAUGGAAGUCAAGUAAGCCAAGAAAUUUGCAAGGCCACCGAAGUCUUCAUGUGCCCUCUCUGUGACAAGAACUGUUCACUGCAGAGACUCAACGAAAGCUGUAUCUACGCCAAGGUGACAUACUUGUUUGAUAAUGGAGGGACGGUCUUCUUUGCUAUUUUUAUGGCAAUAUGGGCCACAGUCUUCUUGGAGUUUUGGAAAAGGAGAAGAAGUACACUGACCUAUACUUGGGACCUUAUUGAAUGGGAAGAAGAGGAGGAAACGCUUCGUCCCCAGUUUGAAGCCAAGUAUUACAAGAUGGAGAGAGUGAAUCCCAUCAGUGGAAAACCUGAGCCACAUCAGCCUUCCUCAGACAAAAUCACUCGUCUUCUUGUUUCUAUCUCAGGAAUAUUCUUCAUGAUUUCUUUGGUGAUCACUGCAGUGUUUGCUGUUGUGGUGUAUCGCCUAGUUGUCAUGGAACAGUUCGCAUCAUUCAAGUGGAAUUUCAUCAAACAACACUGGCAGUUUGCAACAUCAGCUGCUGCAGUCUGUAUCAAUUUUGUAAUCAUUAUGGCCCUGAAUCUUGCUUAUGAAAAAAUUGCUUACCUUCUCACCAACUUAGAAUAUCCUCGAACAGAAUCCGAGUGGGAAAACAGUUUUGCUCUGAAGAUGUUCCUCUUCCAGUUUGUUAAUUUAAAUAGCUCUAUCUUCUAUAUUGCUUUCUUCUUGGGAAGGUAAGUCAACUUUAUGCACCCAGGAAAUUACAAUAAACUCUUUAACCGGUGGAGACUGGAGGAAUGUCAUCCCAGUGGCUGUUUGAUAGACCUCUGCCUCCAGAUGGGUGUUAUCAUGUUUUUGAAGCAAAUAUGGAACAACUUCAUGGAACUGGGAUACCCGCUGAUCCAGAAUUGGUGGUCACGACAUAAAAUCAAGCGGGGAAUACAAGAUGCGUCCAUACCUCAGUGGGAAAAUGAUUGGAACCUGCAGCCCAUGAAUAUUCAUGGACUGAUGGAUGAAUAUUUAGAAAUGGUCUUGCAGUUUGGUUUUACCACCAUCUUUGUGGCAGCUUUUCCUCUGGCCCCUCUUUUGGCUUUGUUAAACAAUAUCAUUGAGAUCAGGCUGGAUGCAUACAAAUUUGUCACCCAGUGGCGGAGGCCUCUGCCAGCUCGAGCAACUGACAUAGGAAUCUGGUAUGGCAUUCUUGAAGGAAUUGGUAUACUGGCUGUGAUCACCAAUGCAUUUGUAAUUGCUAUUACAUCUGAUUACAUCCCACGUUUUGUCUAUGAAUACAAAUACGGCCCCUGUGCAAGUCGUUUUGAAUAUGGUGAAAAUUGUUUAAAGGGAUAUGUCAACAAUAGCCUAUCCUUCUUUGACCUGAGCGAGCUUGGUAUGGGAAAAUCUGGUUAUUGCAGGUACCGAGACUACAGAGGUCCCCCUUGGAGUUCCAAACCCUACGAGUUCACCUUACAAUACUGGCAUAUCCUUGCUGCUCGACUGGCCUUCAUUAUCGUGUUCGAGCACCUUGUUUUUGGGAUCAAGUCGUUCAUCGCAUACCUGAUUCCAGAUGUACCAAAGAACCUGUAUGACCGAAUACGACGGGAGAAGUACUUAGUCCAAGAGAUGAUGUACGAGGCAGAACUAGAACAUUUGCAACAACAGCGGAGAAAAAGUGGUCAUCCGGUUCACCAUGAAUGGCCUUAGUUGAUUCCUGUUGCCCAGAGGGGCAAUAGCAUUAGUGGGAAUGACAACAACUUUAAAUUCUAGGUGGGAUCCAGGAGGAAGGCAUACCUGGCAAACCAGAUGUAUGAUAUGUUACUUGGAAAUGCAGUGCAGCCAUCUCUGGGAUUUGGGAUGUCCAGGCUUCUAAGGAAGAAAUAGAUGACUCCUGACCUUUAAAAAAAUGGUUAGUUUGACAGCACAGGAAGCCAGGACCUAAUUCUCAGUCCCAGCCUCAGGGACUUGUGUGUGUGGAGACCUCCACCCUCCCUCAGCUGCAGUGUAACGGGAAGGGUGAUGGUGAGGUUUCUAGCAACAGAUUUCCAUGUAAACGUUCAUAAGCCAGGCAUGCUCAAAGUCUCAUGUGUCUUCAAUCACAUACUCUGGAACCUUAGGUUGAGUUGAGAUACUUGCGGGAAAUGACUUAGGAGGAAUGACUUAAAUCAGUUAUUGCCUUUGCUGCCAGAAUUCCAUGUCCCUUCAGCUUCUAGGUUUGGGGAAUUUUUCUUGUUCCUUGCUGAGAUUAUGGAUCUGUGCCACACGGAAUUUAUGCUGCUUUACAUUGACUAUGCAGUGGAGUUUUUGGACACCACCUUUAGUAGUCAAGCCAAAAACUAAGAUUCUAAAAAGAAUACCAUUCACUGAAAUAUAUCCUAUUGCGUUGGCUACAUUCAAACGUGUUGUUUCACCAGCAGAACAAAGUUGCACUGCUUUAAAAAAAAAAAAAAAGAAACAACACCUGAAUUCCAAUGGAGCCACAUAUUUAAAAAAUAUGGGCGUUUAUUCUCAUAUCAUUUAGAAUACCACUCAUCCGUAUUUUACCGUGGAGGGCUGUUUUAUAGUAUUUUUAGUUUUUUCCUCCCUGGUUUAUUAUAACAACUCUCGCAGAAUAACAGAAUAACUUGAAAUGCUGUACAUAUGUUGGUUUUCCUUGUACCUUUGCACCUUGGUAAUAUGUAAUGCAAGUUACAUUUCGUGCAGCGCUGAGACCAGUUACAUAGUAUGCCAUUGUGACUUGUUUAUUCAGGAAAUCAAAAGCCAAAUGCUUUGCAACACUUUAAGCUUUUCUAACAAAGUACACUUUUGUUCAUGAGCUAAUGAAAACAAUGCAUGAAUAUAAAUUUAUAUUAUUUGUAAAAAAAAUAACAAACCCACAUGUUUUGUUUUAUUUUCUUUUCAUCGAUGUUUCUUUGAUAGACUGAUUUGGUUGAUUUUUGAAAACUCUAAAACCAAGAUCAAAUCAAUUAUGAAAGACAUCGUUUUGCUUUGUUGUGGAGUUGCUAUUUCUGCGUCAACUCUAUCUGUGUUAUUGUUCACAGACGGAUGAAGUGGGAAUGAUGAAGCAUUCAAGGAAAGAAAGUCUGGUGGAGGCUUAAGUAAUAGGGAGCAGGAGGGGACGAAAGAGGAGAGUUGAAGUAAGGGAACGCGUGGGAGAAAUGAAGACACCUUUCCUUGGCAAAACAAUCAAAACAAAUCUCACUUUUCCUCCCCUGGGAAUGGGGUGGCAAAUCACAUAUACUCACACAUUCACAUAUAUACAUGCAUAUGUGAUUCUUAUCUUUGUCUAGUUUGUUUUGUGCUCAAUUAAACAAAGCACAGUUACUUCUAGAAUGCAAAAAGACCAGAUUAAGGACAAUAGAAAUAAAGAUACUUUGUAUAUAUGCGAGCGUGUCUCUAGUAAGAAAAUUAUAAAGUUUCUCUUACUAGAAAACGACUUUUAGUCAUCCUAACACUUAAAAUGGUUUUUUUGACUUUUUCUUCUUUUACUCCAGGGAAAAGCUGUGAUAGAUCAUAGUCGUUCUUUGGUUUGUGGUUGUCAAAAACACUCACCUCCCUACUUGCUCUCUGAUUCUGACUUAGCCAGGGGUAGGACCUCAGACUCUAUGAACUUCCUCCUAUGCCCAUGUCACAUGGCACUCUUUCAUUCAGAUUCCUCAGAGGUUCUGUUUCUGCCACCUGCACAUUCAUAGCAACUAAUUCCACUAACUACGCAAAGGAGUUUUAAACUCCUUCAUUUUUGUAACAUCUGCAGCAUUUCCUUUUCUUUGUUAGUUAAAUGUAUACCAUGCCUGAGAAUAAAUACUCUGCAUGCCUAUUGAAAACGUAAGUGAACCUGACAUUUAUGUCUUUCCCAAAUUAGGGAUACAAGACAUAGACAUUUGUCUUACAGUAGAGCAAAGAAUAAUGAUAGCCAUGCCCUUGAGAAUUCUUUCUCUUCUUAUUUUAUAUUACCACCAUCAGCGUUUAAAAUCAUAUUGAUUGCCUAGAGAGAAAAGCAUGAAAAGAGAAUGGUAUUUUUAAUAAAAAAUUAUAAUACAUUGAUUUAGACAUUGCCUUCUCUAGUAAUUUCUCAGACCAAUCGAAAAACAGAGAAACAAUGAAAAAGUUAUCUGAAAAUUUCCUUUUGUGCAACAAUGCAGUAGAACCUUCAUCGUUGUUGACAGCAAAAUAUUUUCAGCUCCCUCACAGUAUGUGAGUUUUAAAUCACUCUGCUUUCGUUGAGAGAAAUGUUUUAUAUCAUGGUUUUCAUAUGUAUACAGAUUAUUUCUCAAAGAUUUAUAUAGCACACACUAUUCUCAGGAAUUCUGUAUUUCAUGAAUGCUGCUUAUAUAUUUUCAUAUUCUAAAUUGUUGUCUUUUCAAGUAAAUAACUAAUAUAUAUGUGCAUGAAGUCUGCCUUGACAAGUUGUUCAGAGCUGAAGCACUUUCCCGGUACAGUGUGUGGAAAAUUGCUCUAGGUAGUACUAGGUCGUAGCUGAAAUAGUUUGCAGUUGUCUGAGUCUGUGCACGCCCUUUUCAAUAAAAUGCUUUUGAGUGACUGCAUGACAAGAUACAACUUCUGAAUGAUGCACUUUCUUUCAAAAUGACUCUUAGCACAAUCUAUUGUAGAAUGGAAUGAAAACGAACCUUUUUCACUCAAUAAAUUAUGUGAUAUGAUAUUUCUUCCUAUAAUUUGCAUGUUCAAGUUGAUCCUGCUUGUUUUUUAAAUAGAAGUUGGAGUGCGUAUGGGGAGAGGGAAUUGCUCACUCUUUAGCUCCAAAGGCAAUAAUUUCCUAGUCUUGCAAGCUCUUGUUCCACUCUUCAAAAGUUUUGGCUGUUUGUCUCCUGCUAAGCUCAUUGUCAUCAUCAAGGCAUUUGCACAUGAAACGUAUAGAUGGAGAAUCGUACUGAUUCUAAUAAUGCUUUGUUCUAGAAACAGAUGGGAGAGGAAGCUUGAUUAGUUCUUAAGAAGGCAAUAGUGCUUCUAUCCGACAGAAGCAUUUUCUUUUUUUCGCACUUCGGCUGGCUCCACCAGUAACUGUCAAAAUCUCCUUAGGAGAAGAAUUUUAACACUGAUAAAGUUCCUGCCGAGGCAGGAGGACAUUUAGGGGCACUGUAGCCAACCGCCAACAAGAGGUGACCAAAUUGCCCAUUUUUUCUCAACUUGGUCAAAACUGAAAAUCCAGGUUGCCUGAAGAGUUGCUUAACUAAUAUGGCUGAAUCGAUUAGUCUGUCAACUGGAGGCAGGUAGACAGAAGCCCAGGGUGUGGGAUGUGUGCUUGUACUUGUGUGUGUGUGUAUGUGUGUGUGUGUGUGUGCGUGCACGCACUUAUUGUCUGUUAGAUAUGCCCAACUCAGUCCUACUAUGGUCAUAAGGUAUUUCCAUUCCAUUUUCCCCCAAAUCACAGUAUUAUAACAGGUUUUAGGGAUAGUUGUGGAUUUUAUCCAGGGAAUCAGAUAACAUCUUAUUCUUUCUGCUUUUCUUAGUAACUCAGGAGAGAGAACCUUUCAGGAAUGGCCUAAAAUACCUAGCUUCUGAUAGAAAAGUGUGACUUUUCCUACAGGCAUUUCUAUUCAAAUUGAAAUGUGCCGGCAAUAUGUAGUCCAAUGGGAAGAUUGAUUUGGCUUUAGCUAGAAUCAUUGAUCAGACUAGGUUCCUGCUACCAAGGAUUUGUGUAUUUUUAAUGGUGAUAAGUUACCUUCAGUGGAACAUGCCAUCUGGGUUCAUCUGAAAAACCACAACCACAACCACAUUUGAUGGUCCUUUCUAGAAAAUACAAGUGCUAUAGCCCCUGUGUUCUAACCACAUCCACAUUAAGGCAUCUUUUCCAGGGAAGUAAAAUGAAAGCAGACAGGUUGACAGAAAAAAGACAUAUUUAGGAUCAACUCCGGUUUCUUGUAUAAUCAAAGUCUGCUUUCCGGGAGAAGAAGCCUAUCCAUCAAACCUCACUGUUCUUUUUUUUUUUUUUUUUAAGAUUUUAUAUACUUUUUGAGGGAGAGAGAAUGAACAGUGGGGAGGGGCAGAGGGAGGGAAAGAAGCAGACUCCCUGCUGAGCAGGUAGCCUGAUGCCGGGCUCCAUCCCAGGAUCCAGAAAUCAUGACCUGAGUUGAAGGCAGAUGCUUAACUGAUUGAGCCACCCCAGAGCCCCAAACCUCACUGUUGUAUAUAAUGGUACCAGUGUGUGCCCCAGCACAACUGUCCCUAGAUAAAGCCUCUUGUUCCACACCCACCUGGCCCCAAGUGCUAGGCUUGAGUAUACCAGACAGUAAGCUGUGUGGAUGUUGUGUUGCAUCUUUCUCUAAGACGGAAGGGGGUCAAAUUUCCAGACAUAUGCCCAAUAUUGACUUCCUCAGAAUAUUUAUUUCCAUCUUAAUUCUAUGUGAGGGGAAACAGUUUUUCUGCUGUUUCUCAGAAGGCAAAAAUUUCCUAAAUUAUUAGUUGAAAAGCAAAAUUUAAUGAGAUCUAUUUAGAUAUACCCCACAAAAUAUAAUUGUUACAAGGAUGGCUAGCCCCACGUGAUUUUCAAACUUCCUCAAAUCCUUUGUAAUUAUUUCGUCAGUGUCCAUGCCACUCAACACUACCAGGUGAACACAGUAGGCUAAGUGUUUUGUUUUGUUUUGUUUUGUUUUUUGAAUGAUUAUUUUUUUAAGUAACCUCUAUAUCUGACAUGAGGCUAAAACUCACAACCCUGAGAUCAAAGGUCACACACUCUCCUGACUGAGCCAGCCAAGGGCCCCCACAUUAGGCUAAAUUUAGUAUCUUUCUAACAAGUCAUAUGAGCAGGCUUUUCCCACUUUUUGUUAAGUGAGAAGAGGGGAAUUGAGUGGCCAGAAAAAUCUGGUGGCAAAGAUAAUUGUGGAAGCAAUGUUUGGGGGAUGGUGGAAGGAACUUCGGGACUUUCCUACCUGAGCAAAAAUGUCUGCUUUGCAAAUCCUAUUUCAGACUCUGCUCUACACACACCCAGCCUUCUUUCUGACUGAAAAACAACUGCAAUUUCGUUCAUCCUUUAACAUUCAGAGAAAUGAAGGGGUUUUCCCCCUUGUUAUUUUUUUCUUACCUAUUUUAAGAUUACGAAGCUAAAUAUGGUAAGCUUAGAUUUCAGUGACAACUCCAGCCAAAGAAUAAACAUCUCAAUUUUCAAUGCUGAAGAUGAAAAAGCCCUUAAAAAUAUGCAAUUUUAUCUUCUUAGGAUGUGUGGCUGUCGGCUUCCAAGUUCUAUUUUUCAACUAGGAAUGAGGUAGGGAAUCCUAUAAUUGAAGAGGAAGUUUGGGGAAGAGACAGAGUGGAUUUCUCCAACCAUUUUUGUUCUCCAUAGGAGAAAUUAUGUUGCAACCGUAUAUUUAGCCAGAUGUACUUAAAUGUUGAUUUUUUUUUUCUUUCUACUGUCUGCAAGUCCUCUGCAAAUCAAAUUAUAUGCAGUAGAUUAUGAAUCAUUAAAGAUUCCUUCCAAACUCUCCUGAGAAGUUUUAAAGCCAAUUUAAGGAAGAUUUGCUCUGUUGAAAUAGAUUGAAUAAAAUUUUAAGGUCAGCAUUCUUGAAAAUAGUAAACAAAAAAUGUACAUAAACCUUCUUGAUGUAGAUUCCAAAUCAAUCCAUUACAUUGCCUCUACAAAUUCUGCUGACCAUCUUAUGCUGGUACAAAUAAGCAAAUUGUGGAUUGCUCAUUUAUUUUCUUACGUGGUAAUUACAUUAGAGCACUGAAUCAAUAUACUACAUGAAAUUAUUUUUAUCUUUUUAAAUAUGUCAAAGUAGAUUCUGUAAUGGGGAACUGGAUGUUCAGAACACCUGUGUACACAAUUGCCUUAACAUUUUUUAAAAACAGAUGAACGGCUGUUUCUGGAAAUUACUGAGGACAAAUAGGCCAAGGCCCAUAAAAGACAUCACCAUUAUAUAUUGCUUUUCUUGAUUUAUAGUAACCUAUUGUAUUAAGUCAUAAAGUCCUCUUCAUGGUUACUUCUGAGUGUGUGUGGGUGGGUGUGUAUGUGUGUGUGCCCCAAGCCCCUGAGCAGCACAAAUAUAAGCAUUAUCCAAAAUACGUAGAGGAAGUCAUGUUAUAGAGUAUGUCAAAACUUAUUUUGACAUAUGUUUCCUUGGUGACUUGGUAGACCUGCCUUAAUCUAUUAGGCUUAUAUAAAAGCUUUUAGAGUGGAAAAUUAUUUUGCACCCUGCUCCUAACCUAUAGAAAAUAUUCACAUUGAUCUUUUAAAUACACUUCAAUCUGAACUUACUUUUAAAAGAAAUAAUUAAAAUUUUUAUAUACCUUAAUUAUAGAUCUAUGCUCGUUCUACACACAUUUUUCUUAAAAUCGAAUAGUUGUAUAACUAUAGCAUUAAAUUUAGUAUUUCAUGGCUCUAUGAAAAAGACAUAAGAUUUGGAAAUAGAAAAAAAUCAUCUUAAAUUUCACACUAAUAUACAGAAAUAUUAUCAACUAACAUUUCCAUGAUAGAGUAGAAUUAUUUUUCUAAUUCAUCAUGAGAAUAUAACGGGAGAGCCACUGAUAUCCUCACACCCCAAGUAAGGGCCAUGUUGAUUAAGUAGCCAAAUAUUUAUACGUUUAACCCUGUCUUCUGAAGAGCUGAUAUUUCAAAUACCAGAAGUACAGGAUUAGAAAAGUGGGUUUAUGAGUGUUUGUUAUUCACAUAGGUGUUUGCAAAUCAGAUUGAUAUGGUCAGGAGACUGGAAUGGAGGAAGAAAUAACAGCAUUAACUCUUUCCAAGAAUUACAAGUGACAAUAACCCAUUAGAUGAUUAUUAAUUAUGAGUUACCCUUGAUUAAAAUUUUGUAUCAUUUUAAUAUCAUUGAUAACAUUAAUUAAAUUUUAGUUUUUGGUAAAUAGACCACACUUCCAGAUUAUUAAUGUUGGAUAAAAGAGGUUAACUUUACAGUAAACCCAGCUACCUUGGAAUACCGAGAUUGCACACAUGAGAUUUCUAAAUAUACAAAUGUAUGCAUAGAGAGCUUAAAUUUCUGUAAUAUUUUAAAACAAUUUAUUUCUAAGAGAACAAGUAAAAGGAAAAUGCUCUAUUUUUUUCUAUUUACUGAUCUGAUCUUUGUAAUAAUGUUUAAGUAAAAUUGUAGUACCAUAAAGAUAUUUCAAUAAUAUUCUCUUUGAAAUUUUGUUUGCAAGCCCCCUGGUGUGUGGUUUAUUUCUUUUUUUUUUUUUCUCUCUUUAAAGUGAAAUGCUAGAACCCCAUAAAAUCACAAAAGAAUGAAAUUUAUAUUCAAUAAAUAUCAUUUGAAUUAAACAAGGGAAAAGCCCUCGUCCCUUCUGUUGUUGUCUGGAGAAUUACAAUCGCUGUUAAGUGUGCACUGAGUCGUGCACAAGGCUUGAGAUGCUGUUUACAUGUACAAACGUAAUACUUAACAAAUCAUCAAUAUGAAUAUGGCAUUUUCCAGUAAUAAACUUGUCCA